AUGGUGCGGACUCCCUGCCUUCUUGGCAGCAUCUUCGUGGCCAAGCCUGUUCAAGGCGGCCAAGAUGUGCAAGAGCAGAAAGCCGAGCCACUGGCAUCCUCUGAAGAGCAGGAGGGAAGCGUAAGUUUGGAAACGCCGGAGCACGAGAGCCCGCAAACCGAGUGGCAAGACCUUGCGUCCUGCUUGAAGAAGCUGCAGUCGCACGUGGAGGCACUUGCAGACGAGCCCGCCCCACCAGGCAAAUCCGCUCAGGUCUUCGGAGGCUUCUUCCAUGAUCGACGGAAGCCAGAGAAGAGGGGCUCUUUGCAGCUGGGUGGCGUCAGCGUCACGUAUCCUUUGUUGGGCUGCCUUCUGGCCAAGGAAGUUCCCCCGGCGGAAAGCGAGAGCGAGGCAAAGACCCUCGGAGCUUCCGCGAAGGGCCCCGAGGCGCUUCGAUCUCAGGCAGAGGAGCUCCUGGCUGAGGCAGACGGGGCCCGGGAGGAAGCUCGCGUCUGCGAGGUGCGACUGGGGGAUCUGGAGGCUGAGGAGGCACGGCGCUGUGCCGAGGUCUCAGACUUGGAGGCGAUGGAGCCCAGACUGGAGGAGGCCCGAAAAACUCUCCACGCUCUUCGGGAGGCCGCAGACCAAAAUGAUGCCGAAUGUGAAGCCUUGGUGCAGCGGCAGGCGGUCGCGAAGCGUUUGGAGCAGAUGCGUGCUGGGUUGCGGGCGGAUAAGGCACAGCAGCGACUGACUAGAGCAGCUUUGUCAGAAGCGAAAGAAGAGGAAGAGGAAGUGGCAAGGCAUGAGGCAUUGCUUCGGAGAACUGCCACGAAGGCAAAGGCCGAGGUCAACCAGCUGAAAGAGAGGCUGCAGCAGCUGCGGGAUCGUGAUGUGUCCAGACAGCGGUACUGGGAGACAGUGCCAUCGAUCGAAGUAGACAAGCUACAGCUCAAGCGUCUGGAGCUCGUCGCUUACCGCGAUCAGGCACGAGCACUGAAGAGGCUGCUGUCGGAGCAGGAGGCGAGAGAUCUCGCUCGGCAGAAGGCAGCGUCCGAAUUGGUCGAGAGCCUGGCGCUGACCUUGCGCCGUGAGAGUAUCGGGAGCAUAGCGCCGAUGGCAGUGUCGCCGGCGUCGGCUAAAGAGGCCCUCGUGGAGCAUGUGGUGGAAAUGCGAAGGCUCCAGGCACGAAAGUGCGAACUGGAGGCACGCUUUGAUCGUGAGCGCCGCCUGCGCGCCGCCCUAGAGCGCAGGCUCCAGGCACCAGUGGCGGAGGUGCCGGCGGAGGCAAAAGUUUUUUCAUCGAGAGGCCAGUGCCGCAGCCGCACCUCGCCUGCACGAUGUAUUGAGAGGAGGCUGCAGCAGGCAAUGCCGCUGCAGGCUCCCGAAGAGAUAAUCCAGGAGCCAGUGACAGCAGUGAGCUGCAGACCACUGCCCUCCGCUGGCCCGGUCUCCCCAUGGUCAGAGGACCUCCGGAGGCUGGUUCGUGCCAUUUCACCGUAG